CUGAGAAAGCCAGGGGCAAAGUCAGAUCCAGGCUCAGCUAUGAACGAACAGAGAUGGGCAGGGCUUGAAAACAUAGAGUAUCCAUCUUUUAGGGAGAGAAUUAGAGGAUUCCCUGACAAAAGGAGCAUGGUCCUUCGGCUGAUCAAAGAUUACUUAUCAAUGACCAAAGAUGAUCCUUACUUGUUGAAAAGCUGGCUUUCCAUUGUGGCAUUUGAGGAUGUCCCUGAGUUUGUCCAGUUGGCAGGAAUUGAUCCUGAACUCCUGAUCCAGAGCCUGAUGUAUAGAAUGAAGGAGACUGAACAAAACACUAAUUCCAACCGUACAGACCAAAACCUGGAGGCAACUGAAAAAGUUCUUAACCUCUUGUUGAAGAGGAUUGAGGAGGACAGAGAACGAAUCACAGAGUCCAAGUCAUCUGGCUUAAUCCUUCGGUGUUGCAGAAAUGUUCACAAGAGCGCUUGCAAAAUCGCUCGACUUGUCCCACAAUACAGAGUCCCAGUGCUCUCAUUCCAACUCCUUCUUAAAAUGGCUGAAAUUCAUCAUGAUCAUUUUUCAAAGGGUGGAGAGGAAAUGAAACAAAAGCAAAGUCAGCUCUUGUCCACACUCAUUGACAUUCAAAGAGAUUUCAGUAAAUGGAGAGAUGGGCUGCUACACAAUCCUCUGAUGCAGGAGUCCAGAUUUUCUUACCCUAGAGAAAUACAGUUGUGGAAUGAUUUGUAUGGGAUUGAGUGUUCAAUACCAGGCGUCUCUGAAAGCUGGAAGGGUUUAUUACACCAAGACCUGAGACAGAGACUGUCCCAUAUCUCCAACACUGACAAGAUUGUUGUAUGCUGUCUGGUGAUGUCAGCAAAGACUAUCGAGAAUAGUCAUGCAAACCUUCAGUCUUGUUUCAAAGAGAUGUGUCAGGUUGCUGUUAAGAACCAGUGUCAGGCAAAUAAGGAAGGAGACCUUUUACGCCAUCUUUUUUCCAAGUCAAUUUCAUGGCCUGUUGUGUCCUCCAUUAUUGUGGAGUCAGCAGCUCGCUUUGGAGAGGAUCAUGAAGGUCGUCUACUGGACCCACAGUCAGCAAUCAACUUCCUCUUGUCUCAAGACAAAUGCAAUCAGUGGAAGUUGGAAGAUGAUGCUAGUCAUUUAAUAUCAGAUAGUCAAUCAUUCUUAGGUUCUCUAAUUCAGACCCUUUGCCAGGGAAGUAUACCCCUGGGCCACCUUAAGACCAUCUUUAAGUCUAAAAGUCAAUUUCAGAAGCUUUACAACCAGUAUAAGAAGAACAACAAAGAAGAGAAUAUCUCGAUCAAUGUGUCAGAGCUACUCAGUCAAAGAGAAGAUGACUUGAAAGCCUUUGAACAACAGAAGGAAUACAUGACCAACCUUAUUAAUAUGCUGGGGAAGAUUACUGAUGUCAUAGAUGUACCAGAGGUUUCUUCCCUUGAAGACAUGGUCAAAACCAACCUGCAGACUGUAACUCUGGACAAACUGGUGGAAGUGCAGACAUAUUUCUCCAAAGAAGAUCUUGUCAAAAACAACACAAGGCGAGUGUUAUUCUACAAUGUUGAUCUGCUAGUCCUAAACAUGGCACGGGAGAUGUAUGAAGUGAAGACCAGCAACAUUAUGCUAUCUUUAUGGCAAGAAAAGGCAACCAAAUAUUUUAUGCCUGGUCCUCAGCUUUUGUCACUAGACCUUACAGAAGUCCAUGACAGAAUCUGGAAUCAUUGUCUCACUGACUUCCUCGAACUUGGUCUACGGAUUGCAGUUGGAGAAACUUGUUUUAAAGAGGUGGACCAAGCUUUGAAAUGGUGUGGGGACAGGGGUGAAGGAAAUCGUUUAAAGAAAGAGCUCAUUUUGUUGGCCAGUAUGCUGAAAAGCCAUACGUCUCUGGAAGAGAAGUGGCCAGAGCAUCGUCUCAGUCAGAUUCAGGAAUACAAACGCCUUUACCAUGCUGCGGAAUCUGCUGAGGUCAUACUGAAAAUAAAAGAUAGGUUGGGAUUACAAGGAGACUUCAGCCAUAUUCUUAGCCUGAUUCAAGUGAGAGAUGACUCAUUCAAAGAAAACACUCUGGGUUCGCUGAGUGAUGACCUCAUCAGAGCCAGACAAAAACUGGCAGAUGUCAAACGCCAGCACACAGCCUGUCUGAAGGCAUUCUUGGAUAGUGAGACUCUGAUCAAAUGGGUCAAAACGCAAAUUCCUAGUUUAAGGGACCUGAAAGUCUUUAUGGAACUGGCCACAAUUUCUGCUGGAGAGAAUGAUGCAGACAUUGAUAGGCUAGCCAGUUUCGAGACUGUUGUGAUGGGCUACGGCCCUUUGCUUUACUCACUACAAGAAAAUGCAGGAUUUGAAGAGUUUAUUAAAUGUGCUAAGCAAGUAUGGGACACCCUUGACAAAGAUGAGAAACUCCUGGAUAAAUUGGUAGACUCCAAUCGGUGGUUGGAUUGGCUGAAAGGUUUAAGGGAGACUCAUGGCUCUGUUGAGCAAUCGUCUUUGUCCAUGGCCUCAGCUAUCAACACUGGAGGCGUGUAUCAUGUGGGCUGGCCUAAAGAUUUCAAUGGGAAAACAGGUUUGGACAAUGUCUUUUAUGUGAAGGUGACAAAGAACGAACAAGUAAAGACAUACAAUCUUAAUGAACUCUCAGAGCUGCAGAAUAAGCUCAUGCUUAUGUCUUCUAAAGGGGAGCGUGGAAGAGAGCAAGUCAACAAGUUUACUCAAGUUUUUGAAGGAGUCCAGAGGAUGGGCCGCAUCCUCCUUCAAUUGCGCACAUCGGGUAAUAUGCUCUUUCGAAACUGGGGGGCACAGAUAACAUGCAACCACCAAGAUCAACCCUGCAUUCAAGUUAGCUUUACCCUGUUGAGCAAGUGUGUUGUAUAUCAUGGCGAAGUUGAAGAGGAGCUUCAGAAACUGUGUCGCUCUCUGGAGAACUUUCAUAAAGACUGGUGUAACCACUUAACUAAGAUACGCUCUCAGUACUACACACUGAAUCAUUACACUUCAGAACAAGUGGUCUUUCUUUGUGAAUGGAUCAACAGCGUUAGCAUCAAAAGGAAACCUGUGCCACAACAAAUGUGGCAUCUUUUGACUCCUAUUAAACCACACUGUACCUUAAAUGACAUCAGAGAGGCCUUUGAAAAAGCAACGGAGACCGAAUCUAUGGUGCAAGAUGACAUAGCAGAGGAAUCAGAACAAAACAGUUAUUUUGACCUGCCUUUGAGCUUAAGUUUACUAGAUGUUGGUACUGAAUGCUUAGAGGACCUGUGGCAGCAAUUUAAAGAGAACAUGUCCAGGUUCCUUACCCACCAUGUGGAUGUCGAAACACUUGGACGAUUCCUCUCCAAUCUGUCUGCCAUGAAUCAAAUGCACAUCAAACGCAAGAUUCCUCCUAUUCUACAAGAGGGAAGGCCAAACCUUGUCCAGUGCCCUGUUGUGGAAUUGAUUAGCACAACUCUGUCUUUUUACACAGAGAGUCCACAGCAUCCUCUUCCAACAACUGAUGAGGUAUUAAUGUGCCAGGAGGAGACAACUGAAGAGGAGGUGGAGAUCUUCCUGCGCCGAUGUCUAGGAUUCCAAGGCACUGCAAGCAAUCAUCAGAAGAUUUACACUCUGGUCAAUCCAGGUUCACUGACUUAUGAUGUGAGUGUGGCACUGGUGGAAUGCUUUGAGAUGCUAGAAAGGAGUGCUGGGCCUCAUUACCGUCUAGUGAUGGUCUGUCCUGUAAACCAGGAUAGAUAUGUCCCUUCCUUCUUCAGCAACUAUAAAGUACAAACAGGUCUAAGUAUAUCUGCAGAAAGAAUUAAAGACUAUCUUGGCCAUCACUUCCGUAUCCCAUCUGAGCUUGCUCCCCACUCAAAAGUCUAUCCAAGGGAACUCUCUGUCUGGAUGAUUUCAUCUGAGCAUCCAGCUGUUGGAAAGUCACUAUAUGUCAAGCGUCUAUUUGAGCAGUUCAAAAGAGAGUUUCCAAGAGCCACCUGUCUAACAAUCAGACUCACUGAGCCCUGCAUUGACAUGGAUGGAUUUGUCCAAACCCUGUCUGAAAGACUGGCUCCACUGAGAGAGCAGGACCCUGUGCUGUUGCACAUUGAUACUGCAGCAUUGUGUCAUGGCUUGGAGGAAUUCCUAUUCAAAUUACUCAUUCUAGGAUGUCUUAGUGACAGCAAAGGAACUAUAUGGAGGAGAAAUGCAGCUCACUUGGUGGCGAUUGAAGCAUUUCAGCAAGUUCAAAAGAGUCAAACCCAGAUGGAGAUAACACAUGGAUUUUUGCAUACACUACCUACUAUCUUCUGCAGACCUCCUAAAGAUGUCAACGCUUUGGAGAUCAGGAGAAAAAAUGAGGGUUACACAUCCUUAGAUCCAUUGAUGGAUAAUGAAGAGUUUAAAAGUGAGGCCAUUCAGAGACCCUACCAAUACUUGAAGAGAUUCAACAGGAAUGUGAACUUGGAUCGUUUCAAAUAUCAAGCUCAAUCUGUAGAAGGUGAUCCGGUUGACUGUCUCCAUCAUCUUUUAUCAAACUAUGGAUUGAAGGACCCAUCAUGGGCAGAAAUAAAGCACUUUACCUGGUUCCUUAAUCUGCAGCUUAAGGACUGUGAGAAUUCCUUGUUCUGUGAUCCAGACUUCCUUGCUGACAAUUUAAGUGGCUUCAAGGACUUCAUAGUAAAAUUCAUGAUUCACAUGGCUCAAGACUUUGCCUCUCCUUCCAUUGACAUCUCUGAUGAGAGCCCCUCCUUUUUCUCUGAGAACGAAAAUGAGGAAGAUAUCCUAGCCAAACUAUCUAUUCGAAAACAAUGGGAAAAUGAACCUCACCCAUACAUCUUUUUCAAUGCAGACCAUUUCACCAUGUCUUUCUUAGGAUUCCAUGUGCAGAAAAAUGGGACAAUUCUUAAUGCAGUUGAUCCAAGAAGUGGCAAAGUGUUAAUGAGAAAUGUGAUGACACAAGAUCUCUUUUCAGACAUUGAGCGACAAAGAAUUAACCUUUCUGAGAAUUUUGAUGACCUGUCCAGAGAAGACAAGAUACGAAAAAUUUCCUUUGUUGUUGGUGCCAAAAAAGGCUGGGAAAAAGGAAAAUUUGAUCCAGACCCUACGUAUGAACUCACUACUGACAAUGUCAUGAAGAUGUUGGCUAUUCAUAUGAGAUUCAGAUGUGAGAUUCCAGUGAUCAUCAUGGGAGAAACUGGCUGUGGGAAGACACGGCUUAUACGCUUUCUCUGUGAUCUGCAACGUGAAGACAGAGAUGUUGAAAACAUGAAACUUGUCAAAGUUCAUGGAGGUACUACUUCUGAGGUAAUCUAUAGGAAGGUGCAGGAAGCAGAAGAACUUGCUCAGAACAACCGUCAAAAAUAUGAACUUGACACAGUUUUGUUUUUUGAUGAAGCCAACACAACUGAAGCAAUAUUUGCCAUCAAGGAAGUGCUAUGUGACAAAACUGUACAAGGGUACCCUUUGAAGAAAAAUUGUGGUCUGAAAAUAAUUGCUGCCUGCAAUCCAUACAGAAGACACACACCCAAAAUGAUUGACCGCUUGGAGCGUGCUGGGCUAGGAUACAGAGUGAAAGCUGAAGAAACAGAGGAUCGCCUUGGUAAAGUUCCCAUGAGACAGCUUGUGUACCGUGUGCACCCUCUACCCCCAAGCAUGGUGCCCCUGGUAUGGGAUUUUGGACAAUUAAGCGAUUCAACAGAACUCUCUUAUAUCCGCCAAAUUGUGCGAAAACAAAUGAGAGAUCAUGAAUUGCCCCAUGCAUGCCAGAGUGUAAUCACAGAAGUUUUGGCUGCCUCUCAAAGAUACAUGCGUAGACAAGCAGAUGAAUGCAGCUUUGUAAGUCUUAGGGAUGUGGAGAGAUCAAUGUGUGUCCUAGUUUGGUUUUACAACCACAGAGAUGAUCUUUUUCCAAAAUGCCACUUGAUUGAAAUUGAGCUGAUGACCUUGAAGUGCCUGGUGCUUGCCAUGGGUGUUUGCUAUUACCCAUCACUUGAAAACAAAGGGGCAUACUUAACGGAUAUGAGCAAAUGCUUUCCUUUUCCAUUCAACUCCAAAGAGUCACUGGAGCAGGAGAUAACUUCAUGCCAAGACUUUUUUCUUGAGAAAGUCCAAACAAGAGAUACAAUUGCCAAAAAUCUGGCUUUGAAAGAAAAUGUCUUCCUCAUGGUGGUCUGCAUUGAGUUGAGAAUUCCACUCUUUCUGGUUGGCAAGCCAGGGAGCUCAAAAUCGCUUGCUAAGACUGUUAUAGCAGAUGCAAUGCAGCGCCAGGCCUCUCACUGCGACUUAUUCAAGAAAUUCAAGGAAGUUCACAUGGUGUCUUUUCAAUGCAGCCCUCACUCAAGCCCUGAAGGAAUCAUUGGAACCUUUCGGAACUGUGCCCGUUUCCAAAAGGACAAGAAUUUUGAUGAGUAUGUGUCAGUAGUUGUUCUGGAUGAAAUAGGACUUGCAGAGGACUCUCCUCAGAUGCCAUUGAAGACAUUGCAUCCCCUUCUAGAGGAUGGAUGCAUAGACAGUGAUAACCCACAGCCACAUAUGAAGGUUGGAUUUGUUGGAAUCUCAAACUGGGCUCUCGAUCCAGCAAAAAUGAACAGAGGUAUUUUUGUGUCCCGUUGGGACCCAAGUGAGAAGGACUUAGUAGAGACAGCCGAAGGAAUCUGCUCAUCCUCCCAUAACAUUCUUCUCAAAAUCAAGCACCUCCUGCCAAAGUUAGCAAAGGGCUACCUAGACAUCUGUAAAACGGACAGUGAACAGUUUUUUGGACUCCGAGAUUAUUACAGCUUGGUGAAAAUGAUGUUUGCAACAGUCAACAGUUCAGAUCAAGAGCCAUCUGACAGUGAAUUGGCAGAGGCUGUGUUGAGAAACUUCAGUGGACAAAGGGAUGAUUUUGAUCCUCUUGAUUACUUUCGGAAUAUCUUCCAGAACUUUGAAGUUCAAAGGCCAAGUACACUGAAAAUGAUUGAACAAAAUCUUGACCGCCACAGUGACAAAGAGUGCCGGUACCUUCUUUUGCUCACAACUAACAAUGCUGCCUUGUACAUUAUCCAACACCAUAUUUUCUCCAAGGAGAACUAUACAUGCCCUGAAAUUGUCUUUGGAUCAGGAUUUCCCAGAGACCAGGAGUAUGCCCAGAUAUGUCGCAAUGUGAGUAGAAUAAAGGCAUGCAUGGAGACAGGUCGAACUGUCAUCCUAUUGAAUCUCCUCAAUUUGUAUGAGAGCCUGUAUGAUGCCUUGAAUCAAUACUAUGUCUGCUUCAGUGGACAGAAUUAUGUUGACUUGGGACUUGGUUCACAUAGAGUAAAGUGUCGAGUUCACAAAGACUUCAGACUGGUUGUGGUGGAGGACCAGGAAAAAGUCUACAAAAGGUUUCCUGUUCCACUUAAAAACAGACUGGAGAAACACAAAGUUGAUAGGAGUACAGAUUUGACUCCUUGGCAGCACAGAGUUUUGGAGAAACUCAAACAGUGGGCACAAGAGUUCUCAAAAGUUCAGCAAUCUGAAUCUACUGAAGCAAAUUUCAGCUUAUCAGAUGCCUUUGUUGGUUUCCAUGGGGAUGCUUGUGCCAGUGCACUUCUGCAGGCUUUAGAGAAAAUACAGAAACGGGGCCAUGAUAAAGCUGCUCAAAAUGAUGAACUCCAUUGCAUUCCCAAGUACGAGAAUGAGAUCAGUGAACCAAGUAAAGAGGGCUCUAAGAUUAAUGUGGCUAAGGACGUAUACAUGAAGCAAAAGGAAAGUGAGGCUCAUCACAUUGAUGAAGAUGAAGAUAUGACAGAGUCUCAAGAGGAAAUGAACAAAUUCCCUGAUGAGACACAAGGAGAGAGUGCCUCAAUGGAAGUUGACAACGAGCUACAGAAUAACGAGCAACAGAAUGCAGAAAUUCAUGAAGACAUUGAGAACCUUGGAGAUACUUCUGAUCUUGUGAAAAUGGAUGAAGAGCCUGUUGACCUAGAGACAAUAUACUCAAACAAAACCAUGGACGAGGAAGAGGAAGUCUAUGAAACUGCCAAAAGCUUUCUCUUGAAUUGUGCAUCACCAGACUCGGUACUUAGGUUAAAGUAUUCGGAAUUUGGAAAUCAGGAGAGAGACAAACUUCAGAGAAUGUAUUUCCAUCAGCAAAGCCAUCAAUCUCUCAGAGACCUAUUAGACAACCAUCUGAACAAAAAUGAUCAGGACAAGAGCAGAUUCUUGGAGGUAACCACGUUCUCCAGUCUUCUCACUGAAGCUGAUGUGAGAAAUCUUGCCCCGGCCUUGGAUUUGUCCACUGAGCGGUUUCUUCUGCUCUCUUUACACCAAUUUGACACAGAAGCUUCUUUUUGCAACAAGAUACGGUCCUUCCUGAGGGAAUCUGGACUUUCUCUGUACAUUCUUUUGGUUCAGAUGGACAUGGAAGAGUCAUUGUGCAAAAAUGAACUUAUUGCUUCGGCAAAAUACUGUACCAUGAAUGAAAUCCUGUCCUUAAAGUCAGAUGAUUGCAACGUCUAUACUGUGUUUAUCACAAAGCUCUCCCGAAUUGGUGAACAAUGUAGAACAAGUGGCAACAAGUACAUUGGCUUUCAAGGAGGAGUUUGGCUAUCAGCACAUAUUGAUGACCUCAGAGAUUCCGGUGACAUGAGCUUAAAUCUUAAGGCUUUUUGUGGAAUACCUAUAAGUAAACUCAUCUCCCAGAAAGUCGAGUCAGAUUUCAAUGAAUCUGAGGAAAUGGAUACAAGUGGACCAGAAAGUGAGAGGGGAGAUUUAGUGCAUCUACACAGUUUGUCUCUAUUGAGAUCCUGCACCCAGAAAGCUGUUUCAUUGCUGAGAGAUACAGGCAAAAAAACCUCCAGGAGUAUGGAGCGCAUGAACAUAUUGCUUGGCCUUCUGAGAGGUGACCCUGGGCGGAUAGGAGUACGGUUCCAGAAAGUGUUGCUAAGGAGGCUGGUGUUCGCACUGAUGCAGAAGGAGGAAAUAAUUCCUAAUGCAGAAGACUGGGUUUAUAAAGUGGCAAAGAACCGUGAAGCUCUGCAGGAAGGUGGAACACUUAGGCACACUUUGUGGCGCAACCUACAGGGUGUUUUGACCCCAGUGUUUGCCCGAGUUUUAGAAGUGUUGGACAGAGACCGCAACUUGUACCUACUGUAUGGAGAAGGGCUCAGUGAGGGUCUGGCCCAGUUCUGGCUAGAUAUCUUUGAAGAUCAACAGCUCCUUGACAAAUACCUAGAACACCCUAAUUUCAAUGAAUCUGAGGAAAUGGAUACAAGUGGACCAGAAAGUGAGAGGGGAGAUUUAGUGCAUCUACACAGUUUGUCUCUAUUGAGAUCCUGCACCCAGAAAGCUGUUUCAUUGCUGAGAGAUACAGGCAAAAAAACCUCCAGGAGUAUGGAGCGCAUGAACAUAUUGCUUGGCCUUCUGAGAGGUGACCCUGGGCGGAUAGGAGUACGGUUCCAGAAAGUGUUGCUAAGGAGGCUGGUGUUCGCACUGAUGCAGAAGGAGGAAAUAAUUCCUAAUGCAGAAGACUGGGUUUAUAAAGUGGCAAAGAACCGUGAAGCUCUGCAGGAAGGUGGAACACUUAGGCACACUUUGUGGCGCAACCUACAGGGUGUUUUGACCCCAGUGUUUGCCCGAGUUUUAGAAGUGUUGGACAGAGACCGCAACUUGUACCUACUGUAUGGAGAAGGGCUCAGUGAGGGUCUGGCCCAGUUCUGGCUGAAUAUCUUUGAAGAUCAACAGCUCCUUGACCUAAACCUUUCACAAAAUGCCAGCGCUCCAGAUCAGGAGAUUAAUGUGCAGUGUCACCUGUUUAUUGGAGAAGUAGAAUGGCCUUGUGCUGCCCCUUUUAGCUGGCUGAUAAAAACAUACUGCCAGAGUUUGUGGGAGGAAUCAGAAUUUGUACGAGGCUCUGAGCAAGGCAGCAAUGUGAGGAUUCAGCAGUUUGUUAGUGCUGUAUCAGCCAGUGGACUGGGCAGCUAUAUUCAGAAACUCUCAGAGGAAGAGAAAGUCGAGUUGGGUCAACGCUACUUGACCGAUUAUGUCCUUCUUUCAUUCAAAAUCCACUCUGAGGAAGAGCAUGGGGUAUUUUGUUGUGCAGUGCGGGGUUGUGUGUUUGCUCUGCAGAUGGAGAUGUCAGUAACUCCUGAGCUCUCUCCAUCAUGGAUCCUUGCCGCAGCUCAAAUCUACAGCCCACGCCUGGACACAUUAGCCCAUGCCCUUCAGGUCAACCCUCAACUGGUCUGCAUCAUCCAACAAGAAAGAUUAAAGAGAGAGAGCCCUGAUAUGUGUGAGGACAUUCUAGCUGUUGGUAUCUGUGUUGAAGAAACAAAGCUUCUACCAGUAUCAUCAAUAUCUGAAUGCCAGACCUUCUUGCAAAGAGUUGAGCAACUUCAGCCAUGUUUAGAGAGAGUGCUUAGUCCUGUCUACAGUGCCCUCUGCAGCCAUGGCUGUCUCAAACACCUGGACUCUAUAAAGUCGGUGUGGCAGGGGAUGCUGCUAGUGGCUGCUUUCAUUGAAAAGGUGGUCAUCAAGAUGAAAGUGGGAGAUGAACGGAUUAAAGCACUGACUCUGAAACUCUGCAGUCAGUUACAUGGGCUAAUGGAACGGUCUACUGAUUUGAGGAGCAAAGACAAUCUUCAGCAAAUCAUCCGCAUACUCAAUGAUUUUCACGAGGAAUCCAUCAGCAGAGAACUGCGAUAUGGUGUGAAGUGCUUUGUCUGUCUAUCAGAUCUGUCAGAGCCCGCUGCGCUUCCUUGUGAGCAUGUGUUUUGUCUGUCCUGUCUGAGAAGAUCUACAGAGAGAGAAGGAGCGGACUUCUGUCCCAUAUGCAGAUCACCUCUGUCGAACAACUACCGUCCCACUGUCUCCACAGCUAUAGACUUAGACCUGAAGCAGCAUAAAGAAAUAAGAAAAUGCUGUAAUGCCUUUUUCCUGGAGUUGGUUUCUCGUUUCUGUCUGACUGAUGAUCAAGAUCCAUCAGAGGACCUGGUGGAACUGCUUUUCUCUCUCCUUAUUUCAGCACAAGGAGAUGUUUAUAAGACCAGAGAGCUCACCCCAUUCCUGGAGUGUGUUGACCAGAGCCCUGUGGUGCGCUCUGUGCUGCCGAAACUUCUUCUGCAAUACAGCUUCAAACAGGUAAAGAAGCAUAUACAAAAGCACGUAGAAAACCUGGAGAACAAGCUUCUGGACCAAGAGGACAGAUCUGAACUCUACCGGCUCUUUGUUAACUGUUUCCAGGAUUCCCUGUUUUGUUCUGGAUUAAAUGGAGAUGAUAGACAUCUGAAGGAGAAUUCAAACUUCCUUAGCCGACUGGCUCGUAAACAGACACCUUCCAGACAGAACGACCCAGCUGAGUUUCUGCUGUCUAUGGCUCACCUCAGAAUGUGUCUGGACUCUGCUGCCUGUAUCCUGUCCAGAAUUAUCGGCAAAAGAACUGACAAUUUUGAGGAAGCUGAGCUAAAGCUUUUGGAGCAGGUGAAGGCUGUGUGUGAAUAUGGUAACAAUGACUGGUACAGAGUUUACUUGCUUCGAGCACUCAACAGGCAUGCUGGCAUGGACUGUCUGCAAGCACUGACCAGCAGCACUGAUUAUGAAUGGAUCUUCCCUGCAAAGAUGCUACGGCUUCAUAGGUUGAUUCCUGCAGAGGUGGAUCGUUUCUUGUGUUGUGGUCAGUCAUACCGUACUCUUAGAGAUGGAGUGGGAGAAGCAAUGCAAGAAGGCACAACAAAUGGCCUCAAAGAAGCACUACGGGCAACAAGUGGUUCAGGCCCUUUGAAAAAUGUCCUGCUGACUCUAGCUGUGUUCAGGCAGGUCACCUGUCGCUUCAUGUCACCUGAAAGAGCUAUAUAUCCUCAGGCACAGAUCAGACUCUUGGAGGACGUUAUUAGAGAAAACAUCACAGGACAUGCCAGAGAGCUCUGCACUGCUCUGUUAUCCAAUGAGAUUGGAGGUCCAGGAUCUUACCUGAGUCUCAGUGCAGGUGUACCUGCUAAGCGUCGUCCUGUACUGGAGCUCCUGGUGCAUGCGAGCGCAGUGUUUUACAGUGGGAACAGGCUGCUGACUCCCCUCUUCAAUAUUGCCUCUCAAACUCAGAACAUGACAGGAGCCUUCCUACCCACAAUGCCUGAUGACCAUACCAGUGAGGCCCAGCAGUGGCUCACUGGAGAGGAAAACCUGAAGAUGUACUUGUGUUCUAACAAACAUGCAUGCUUUGUAGGAGAGUGUGGCAAACCAAUGAAAUUGUCAAAUUGUGCCACUUGUGGAGUCCGUAUAGGAGGCCAGAAUCAUAAACCAGUUGCAGGUUUUAUUGAAGCUCAUGGAAUCCCUGACAUGACACGACCUGGACAUAUACUGGGACAUGCUGAAAACCGGUCUGAAGCCCCAAACAGGAAUCACACUUCAGCACAGUCCUGUCUCCUCCGUCUCUGUCUUCACCUGGCCAUGUUGCAAGGGGCCAUUCACCACCAACAGGGCAUCAGAGAUAUGAUCCAUCCAAAUGUUAAUGAUGUCUAUGAUUUCCUCUGGCAACAUCUUGAGAAGGACAUGGAGGUCCUUGGAAAGACUUUAAAUCUUAACUUGGAUGACUCUGCCAUUAUAAUUCAUCUAAUCUUCAGCAGGUUUCUACAGACCACCUCAGGUGCCGGUGUGGGUCUGUCAACACGCAAGUACAGAGAGCAGUGGGAGACCACAGUCUGUAAAACUGUCAUCAGUCCUGUUUUACAGGAUUUGGAAAGGACAUUGGGCAGAGCACAGGAUCUGAUUGCAGCUGAUAACCAACUUUCUAACAGUCCCCUGAUGAGGGUGCUGAGGGGAGACCCUCAAAAAAGCCUUCAUCUCCCCACUAACUGCCCCACCCACCACUCUGCCUUCUGGAGCCCCUCUCCUGUCCUAACGGUGGAAAGCUUCUCACAGCAAAUAAACCAGAGUCAAGCACCCCUGCUCACCCUUUUUAUCAAUAAGGUGCACUGCAUAAGACAGUUGAUCCAUUUGCCGGCACUUGCUGCUCUGUUGUCGGAUCUAAUAAAAGUGCUUCCUCCAGGCUCUGAGAACCAGACCCACACCAUCGCUUCACUGCUGCAAUGCAUUCCUGCUGGCCAUCAGAGGAAAUUAUUGUCGGAAAGAGUAGAGAUCUUCAUGAAGGUGUGGAACCAACUCAGAAUGGAAAUAUCCAAUAACGCUUCUUUGGGUUUGGAUCCUACACUUUGUGAAAAAGACAUAACUAAGGAAAGCUCUGGGCAGUUUCUCUCGUUGAGUCGUCACGGACCAGGCUCAUGUCUCCAUGCAAUCGUAGAUCUUCUGUCUGAGACUCACAACAGUCUUGUGCGAGAAGCCAGAAAACUCUGUCACCAGGAAGACAGUGACUAUAAAGUGCCAUUGGCAGCACUGUCCAAGAGCCAACUUGCCCUGUGUCACCCAGAGAAGGAGUUGCUUCCCCUGGUGUUAGCUAACUGCCAUUACAAACUAGAGAAGGGUCAGCAAACAGUGAGCUCCAAUGAUCAUAAGGCUAUUGAGAGAGAACUCAGCAGACGAUUUUUUGCAGGCAAACCACGCAUUCAAACAGACACUGAUAAAUAUCUAAGAAGACACCAUCAGAAUUUUAUAGAAGUCCUCAAUGAAGUCAGAGCCAAAAUGCCUCAGGAAGCACUCAAGGCCUCUGUGCUCAGCUCCAUGAGAUCAAUGCUACGUUCAUUCACUGAUGUGUGUGACGCAGUUUGUGCUGUGGAGAUUGGGCUUCGUUUCCUAGGUAAAACCGGUGGAGACCCACAAGUUCUGCUGCUGUCCUAUCUGACAGACUCCUUGAAAAUGGACCAACACAUCUCAAGCACCAUAGCUGGGGCUUUAAAAGAGAACCGGCUUAGUCAGUGCACAGCCACAUGGCAGCUCCUUACCUGCUGGAAGAGUGAACAGAUGAUGAGGAAAGGACAGGAUCCAUUCCAGCGACUGUCCAAAGGCUUCAGAGAUAAACUGACUUCAGAGGAAAGAAUGCAGGUGAAGGUUUUCCUUGGGCUCACAGAUACUGACCUUUUCUCUUUGGAGCUACAUGAAAUCCUUCAGCUCAAGACCAACAGCACUGUUGAAGAGGGCUUCGCUCCGCACUGGGACAUCAGGUCCACCAUGGAAUCCCAUUUGGAGAUGAAGAACAUCACCUCUUUUCCAGGUCUAGACAGUCUUCCAGAGGAAAUUACUUUGGCUAAAGCUGCAGAAAUCUGGAGGCUUGCAGUGGAGUUCAAACACUGAAAAGUACUUCUGAAUAAGCCAGACCAAAA